CAUCACCAUUUAAAUACGCAGCAAUUGCUGACUUGUGAUGCAUUCCCCUAAACUUCCUUAUCAGUGACUGGAAUGCACAACGUCAGGUAACUUGGGCGGGUAGGAUCACAGCUUAAUACCUGACAUCAAUAGCAAAAAUGUCCAUCAGCAUAAAAUCUAGUAUACACUUUGAAAAAGAAAUUAACUAUUACGUGUGCCCUAUUGGAGUUACCCUGCUUAAAUCUAAAUGCUCUUUUAUUGUUUACUUUUUAAUUUAUGGCAGUAUCACCUUUUCAUACUAAAAAUGGGUCAGUCCUAAUUACACUAGAAAAACCUUUGAAUACUUGAAGUUUGUCCCAUUUGUGACAGGACAUAGGUGAGAUGUACCUGCUAAGGAUGCAGGAAGUCAUUGACUGCUGCGUUUCUUCUUUUCUCUCAUCAGAUGGCCCUUUAUGAAGUUCCUCUAACACCCUGGAGCUUGAUUUUUGUGGUUAUGAUGGUCUCCCACAUCGUACAAGCAGCAUUCAGAGAACGUUAAUCAUGUCUCAGGAGAUGCCGGUGCGCUGAAACUUUCCGUGAGCUGGCAAAGGUGAAGAGAAAGCAGAGGGAACUGACUGGGUGAGGGGUUCAGAGCUUCAAAUGAUGGAGCCUGCCAAGCAGGAGCGGCCCUGGAGUAGCCAACAUUCGGAGCAUGAUCAUGGCAACCCCACGCAGGUCCACUUUGAGGGUGCUACUGUGGCACAGAUCGUGUACAGUGAGGACCAGGACAGGCAGCAGGCCCAGGUGGUGUACACGGCUGAUGGGAACUCCUUCACUUCAGUUGAUGCAUCAGAGCACACAUUGGUGUACAUUCAUCCUGCUGAUGGAACACAGGCAGUGUUUGCAGACCAGCCACAGGUGGCCUAUAUUCAACAAGAUGGAAACACACAGCAGGUAACAGUAUUGCUGCCCAGCACUCAGAACAUGACGGCUGCCAAUCUACAUGUGCUAAGCAAUGUUGCUGACCCACAACAGUCCAUUGGUGUAGAGCCCAUGGCUCAGGCAGCACUGUCGGUCGCUAGUACUCCAAUGCCCACAAUUGCAAGUGUUGCAGCUGCUAAUUCACUGGAGACGCUGGGGGGGCCACACUCUGCUCUGGAUACUGAUGGAGAAGAUGAUGAAGAUGAUGAGGAGGAGGGCGAUGAUUCAGAUCUUGGCGAGUGGGAAUCUGGGCCACUGCGGCCGUUUUCUCCAAAUGAUCUAUGGUGUGAGGACUGCAAUAAUGCCCACCCCACGGUGUGCUUGAAACAUGGCCCUUUGCAUCCCAUUCCUAAUAGACCUGUGCUUUCGAAAGCCCGGGCCAGCCUACCUGGGAUUCUGUCUCUUGACCGAUCUGUGGAGGGAAUCUAUUCCAAGAGACGCAUCCCCAAAAGGACUCAGUUUGGCCCAGUGGAGGCCCCAUUGGUGAAGCAGGUGGAACUUGGAGAUGGAUACAUUCAUUUAAAGGUUCGCUUGCAGGAGACUGGGAAGGAGGGGCGGAAGGGGGAUGAGCUUUGGUUUUCACUGUCUGAUGAGGACCGCUGUAACUGGAUGAUGUUUGUGCGACCAGCUCAGAACCAUCUGGAACAGAACUUGGUGGCUUACCAGUAUGGAAAGGGGAUCUAUUACACAACAAUCAAGAACAUUGAGCCAAAACAGGAGCUCAAGGUCUGGUAUGCUGCAUCAUAUGCAGAAUUUGUAAACCAAAAAGUCCAUGAUGUCACAGAAGAAGAAAGGAAAGUCUUAAGAGAUCAGGAAAAAAACUGGCCCUGCUAUGAAUGCAACAGGCGCUUCAUGAGCUCAGAGCAGCUCCAGCAGCACCUCAACAUGCACGAUGAGAAGCUGGACUUCCUGAGCAGAUCCAGGGGACGCAAUAGGGGGAGAGGGCGAAAACGAUUUGGGCCCGGACGGAGACCAGGACGCCCCCCCAAGUUCAUCCAACUUGAUACUUCUGCUGAAAAUGUUGAGGAGAGGACUCAGGACAUCCUGAAGUUUCCUAGCAAGCAGGAGUUUGGUGGCAUUUCUGAGAAUGGCCUGAAACAACAGGAGGUGGCAGAACCACAGGCAGUAGCCGAUCUCCCAAUGCACUUAGAACCUCCACAGUCGCAGCUACCACCCCCUCCACCGGCAGAGGUGCCAGACAAGGUCGAGUCUGCCCUCCCUGGCACAGAGGCGCAUCUUACGGCAAAGGAGAUGAGGCGUGCCAAGCGGAUUCGGAAUGCCGCUCUACAGCACCUUUUCAUCCGCAAGACAUUCCGGCCUUUUAAGUGCUCACAGUGUGGCAAGGCCUUCAGGGACAAGGAGAAGCUAGACCAGCAUUUGCGCUUCCAUGGACGAGAGGGUAACUGCCCUCUGACCUGUGAUAUAUGCAACAAAGGCUUCAUCAAUAGCUCAGCCCUGGAGAACCACAUGAAAUACCACUCAGACCAGAAGACUUACUCAUGCAUCUUCUGCACUGACUCCUUCGACCGGCUGGACCUGCUCAAGGAGCAUGUGGCUAUCCAUGUCACAGAUGGUUACUUUACCUGCCCAUCAUGCAAGAAACGCUUCUUGGACUUUAUACAGGUGAAAAAGCAUGUGCGCAGCUUCCACUCAGAAAAGAUCUACCAAUGCACAGAGUGUGAUAAGGCCUUCUGCCGGCCUGAUAAAUUAAGAGUACAUAUGUUGCGUCACUCAGACCGAAAGGACUUUCUGUGCUCCACAUGUGGCAAGCAGUUCAAGAGGAAAGACAAACUGCGUGAGCACAUGCAACGCAUGCAUAAUCCUGAACGAGAGGCCAAAAAAGCAGACCGCAUCCACCGGUCUAAAACCCUCAAACAGAAGCUGCCCUCCACAGAUUUUGAGAGCUACAUGUUCAAGUGUCGUCUGUGCAUGAUGGGAUUCCGUCGGCGAGGAAUGCUGGUGAAUCACUUGUCAAAGAGGCAUCCAGAGAUGAGGAUCGACGAAGUGCCUGAGCUAACACUGCCCAUUAUCAAGCCCAACCGUGACUAUUUUUGCCAAUACUGUGACAAGGUCUACAAGAGUGCCAGCAAGAGGAAGGCUCACAUUUUGAAAAAUCAUCCUGGUGCUGAGCUUCCACCUAGCAUCAGGAAACUACGACCUGCUGGCCCGGGAGAGCCCGACCCCAUGCUGAGCACCCACACACAGCUAACUGGCACCAUAGCCACUGCCCCUGUAUGCUGCCCGCAUUGCUCCAAACAGUACAGCAGCAAGACAAAGAUGGUGCAACACAUACGGAAGAAACAUCCGGAGUAUGCCCAGCUUCCCAAUGCUAUGCAUGCACCUAUGGCCACGGCAGUCAUCAGUACUGCACCAGCAGUUAUUACUACUGAUGGUACCACAGGCGAGGCUGUAGUGACUACAGACCUGUUGACGCAAGCCAUGACUGAGCUGUCUCCGACGCUGACCACCGACUACCGGACACCACAGGGUGACUAUCAACGCAUCCAGUACAUUCCAGUGUCUCAGUCAGCAGGGGGCAUGUCUCAGCCCCAGCAUAUACAGCUACAGGUUGUCCAGGUGGCACAGGCAGCCUCACCUCACCAUUCCCAGCAUUCCACAGUGGAUGUGAGCCAGUUGCAUGACCCACAUAGCUACACGCAACAUGCCAUCCAGGUGCAGCAUAUCCAAGUGACGGAACAGGGUGGGGUCACCCAGGCUUCUGGACAGGUGCCAGGUCAGCCUCUGAGUCCUGCCUCCCAGCAAACGUCUCAGGAAUUGCAAGCAGCCAGUCAGACUCAAGGCCAUGGUCUUCAAGCUUCCCAACAGCCCGGGCCUGUGCAACACACAUACUUGUCUGGAAACUGGAAUUCCUUUCGUGGCUACACUCCUGAGAUCCAGAUGAUGGCCAUUCCUCAUGCACAGUACGUCAUCACAGAAACUGGAACGCCAGUGGCAGCGGUUGGCGCUGGACAAAUCAAGGCAGUGGCUCAGGCACACUAUGUGAUUUCGGAUGGCCAAAAUGAACUGGACCCUAAGCAAACGGGCGUGCCUCAGUCUUCCACUGCUGUACACCCGGAGCAGCUUGAGCAGCAAGUGUCUGGUCAACAGCAGACCACGCAGUACAUCAUCACGACAACCACAAACGGCAAUGGCAGCAGUGAAGUUCAUAUCACUAAACCCUAAGCUUGCCCAGCCAGGACCCAAGUGGGGAAGCUUAGGCACAGGAGGAGAAGAAAGGACUUGUGUACAUUGGUUUUUAGGCUGUUAAUAAAUUUUAAGAGUUUUAAA